AUGGAAGAAGGCAAGAGAAAGAAAAUGAGGGCAAGUUUUGACGGCCCGGAUGAACAAAUCGAGGUAGCUCAAGUACUUGACGAUUGGGUCAAGGUUGAAAAGAUGAACUCUGGAAGUGAAGACGCUGGAAAGAAUCUUUUCAUGUCGUUGGAAGAAGCGUUUUACAAAGCAUUCAUCCUACAUGAGUUGCAGAUCCGUGCACAAGGCCAGGAGCACAAGUUCAUCGAUCGGGCAGAAGCGUGGAAGUUGUUUUCAGAGCGGAGCGUCGAAUUUCAGAGGAAUUUUAUAGUCUAUCAUCAUUACAGUCAGCGAGAAUGGAGAUUGAUACAAGGGACCAAAUACGGCUGCUCUUUCCUCCUGUACCCGAAGAGUGAAAGCAGCAAUGACGACAGGCACAAACAUGCUCCUUAUGCGGUUCAGAUCCUCCCUGACGGCAACAAUUGCAUGACAUGGCUGGGAGUUCAGAGGUCGAGCAGACUUGCAGGACAGGUGUCCAAGGAACUGAUUAUUGCGAGUGUGGAUUAUGCGGCAACUGAUCGAGAAAGGUCGGCGAUUUCCUUUGAGGAAGCAUGCCAGGCGAAAGUGAGGGAGAUCAAGGUUGCGAGAUGGGAACCAGGGCGAGAUCGGUAG